AUAAGAUGCCCCAGACCUACAAGCCCGCUGGCGGCCAAGGUCGGUCGGAUGGAAGCUUCGGUCUCGGCAUGGAGCAAGAUACUCAGCGUCCCUCGACGGCACAAGGCGCAGGUCCGGCCAAUGGCAUGACGGGGAUGAAUGGGAUGAUGGACCAAUCCGGCCCCACAAGCAAGUCUCGCUCGAACAGUCACACUCCUAAAAUCGGAACAGGCCACAAUCGCAGCCGCAGCGACGUGCCAAUGACGCCGGUCAAGAGCAAUGCAGAUUAUGGCUAUCCAGUGCGUCCGCCAUCACGUCCAGUCAGCAGACAGUCGAUGCGUCGAGGCUGAGCUGUAGACGGAUGCAAAAGGCCAAUCAAGCCUCUUGGUUCACGAUUUCAGCGCCGUGUCGCCUUUCACGUAGGGGCAUUCGUUUCCACUCUCGACCAUACUCUCUGUCAACUUCUACCAUUCCGUCCCAACGGCUUCGAAGCACUGGGUCGGCAUGGAAACAUGAGCUCAAUUUCUCUGAUACCCCACUUGUUGCACUUGCGGUGGAGCAAAAAGGCGUUGACACAAUACCCACUCAUCAUCACCACAAGAUCACACUAUCGUGGUCCUUGACGAGGCCACCACCGAUAGAUAGCUGGAGGUCAUAUCUCAACAAGGACAGUCAAUGCGGGAGCAAAGGCGCUGGGCGCGAAUAACGGACGGCAUGCUUCUCACGACAGCUUCACGCGCGUUUUGACUUGGGAGGUGGGAAAGCGCGACGUGAUACCUUACCCUUUCUUUGCUUUACCGGUAACUGAGGCUACGAGAGCCUGUGUAUGAAUAGUAGCUUAGAGCGAUGGAGAGAUGAAUUGAAAUGUAACAUCAGGCCAACUUCUUCCGUCGAUGCUUGGAGAAGGCGACAUGUGACG